AGGGAGAAGGGAUUUGAUAUCUGGACUGUACACGAAAAAUUCAACACAGAAUAUAAUUUUGCAGAGAAUUUGGAAGUUUUCAGAUUCAAUGCACGCAUUCACCUAAAUUCAGACCAUUAAGAAAAUAAACUAUUCUACUAUUACAUUCAGGAAAAUCAUCACAAACCCACAGAAGACAGGCCGAUUCUAGCCAUUAUUCCAAGGCAAGCCUAAUCAAGUUAUUUUGAUUGCCAGCUUUUCAACAUCAAGAAAUUGUUGAUGCAAACCCAAGUGGGUCAUCUUUGUCUGACACUAAUGAUUCUUUGAUGCAUGUAUAAUUUCGGUAAGAUAAUGGGUUUAGACCUAUUUUAAGUCGACAAUUGUUGAACUUUGAUUGACUGUAUCUCCCAGAAAGUCAAAUUCUACUUGAUCUUUUGGAUCACUUCUUGUGGAUUCUUGCAAAGGCAUAUGGAAAACUAUAAAAUGACUAGAAAGACCCUAGCUUUGGUGUAUUCUUUCAAGUGGGUAUUUCACUGUACAGCAAUACCCCAUCACUCUACCUUAUCGGCACACGUUUUCCCACCUUACAGGUAGUAAUUCAUGGUCCUCACAUUUCAUGAUUGACUUGGGAGAAAAAAGAGGGGGGAAAUUGAAAAAAAAAAAAUCCAACCUGUAAGCAAAACUUAGAAAAUAUGUGAAAAGAGACUGCCAUGAGUCAAAGGCUUAAUUACGCUGUUAAGUGUUAAUGCAUUAUUGUUCUCUUUCUAUGCAAAUGAUGAUUAGGUACGUUUCUUCAACCCACUAUAUAAACUUCAAAGCUUUCAUCAUCCCAGCAGUUUGAACCUUUUUAUUCUCUCUCAUUCAAAUUCCCUCCUUUAAUUUCUCAUUUCAUCUCCUCUGUCUCGUCUUUCUGAAUGUGUUCAAAUUGAGCUUCUCUUGCUUGUUUCUUCUUAACUUUCUCUUUCGUUAUGGAACUGAGCUUCCCAGGAAGCAAUAACGAAUAUUUGAAAACAAGUAUCUGAUACUCCCAUCAUUGUGAUGAAACUUGAAAUGGGUAGCAGUCGUGUUUCUCAGUUGAUGCUGUUUUCAGCCAUAGCUUUUGCUGUUCUUGCUGCUGUUCAUGGUCUUGGUGGAGAUAAUUCAACAGACUCCUAUUGGCUCCUGAGGAUAAAAUCAGAACUGGUUGAUCCUUUACGAGUUCUUGAUAGCUGGUCUCCAGGAGCACAUAUGUGUAGCUGGAAUGGAAUUACAUGUUCACAUGAUCAAACUCAUGUUUCGGGCUUGAAUUUAUCCUGCUCAGGACUAUCAGGUUCCAUUUCGCCCGAGCUCUGGCAUCUUGCUUCGCUUGAAACACUUGAUUUAUCUUCAAAUUUCCUCGCUGGCUCGGUUCCUUCUGAGCUUGGAAUGCUUCAGGAUUUGAGAAUACUGCUUCUUUAUUCAAAUUUUAUCUCUGGUAAGAUUCCUGAAGACAUAUACUCUUUGAAGAAAUUACAAGUUCUUAGAAUAGGAGAUAACCAGUUCUCGGGUGAAAUUACACCAAGUAUUGGCAACUUGACUGAGUUAACAGUUUUGGGUCUUGCUUCUUGCCAAUUUAAUGGAAGCAUUCCGGUUGAGAUUGGUAAUUUGAAGCAUCUGGUAUCUCUUGACUUGCAGAAGAACAAUCUCAGUGGCCUGAUUCCAGAAGAGCUUCGUGGCUGUAAAGAGCUCCAAAAUUUUGCAGCAUCAGACAACAGGCUUGAAGGGGAAAUCCCUACUUCAAUGGGAAGUCUCAAAUUACUGCAAGUAUUGAAUUUGGCAAAUAACAGCCUUUCUGGCUCAAUCCCUGUCCAGUUAAGUCAUCUCUCCAACUUGAAGUACUUGAAUCUGCUAGGAAAUAGAUUGAGUGGCCAAAUUCCUUUGGAGCUCAACCGCUUGGUUCAACUUGAAAAGCUAGACUUAUCAAUGAAUACUCUCUCAGGACCCGUAAGCCUAUUCAGUUCCCAAUUAAAGAAUCUUGAAACUUUGGUCUUGUCUAACAAUGACCUGACAGGCAGCAUUCCAAGCAAUUUCUGUCUCCAGAAUUCAAAUCUGCAGCAACUUUUCCUGCAUCAAAACAACCUGACAGGAAAGUUCCCCUUAGAGCUAUUGAACUGCCCCUCUUUGCAACAACUGGACGUCUCUAAUAAUAACUUUGAAGGAGGGCUGCCAUACGGCAUCGACAAACUAAAAAACCUCACAGAUCUUAAACUCAAUACUAACAGUUUUAGUGGAAAGCUGCCUCCUGCGAUCGGGAACAUGAGUAACUUGGUGAAUUUUUACCUGUUUGACAAUGUGAUCACGGGAAAACUUCCACCAGAAAUUGGCAAGUUAAAGAGGUUGAGUAUUAUCUAUCUUUACGAUAACCAGCUGUCAGGAGGAAUACCAAUAGAGUUGACAAACUGCACCAGCAUAACAGAAAUUGAUCUCUUUGGAAACCACUUCACAGGAUCCAUUCCCCCAACCAUUGGGAAGCUUAAGAAUCUGAUCGUCCUUCAACUGAGGCAGAAUGAUUUAUCAGGUCCAAUCCCACCAAGCUUGGGCUACUGCAGAAAGCUUCAGAUAUUGGCCUUAGCAGAUAACAAGCUCUCUGGAACAUUGCCACCAACUUUCAGAUUCCUUUCAGAACUUUAUAAAGUUACUCUUUACAACAACUCCUUUGAAGGUCCUCUUCCUUCAUCUCUCUUCCUUCUAAAAAACCUGCAAAUUAUUAAUUUUUCUCACAACAGGUUUCGCGGAAGCAUUUAUCCUCUCUUGGGUUCAAAUUCUCUGACUGCCUUAGACUUGACCAACAACAGUUUCUCUGGUCCUGUUCCUUCUAGACUAGCCAUGUCAAGAAAUCUUAGUCGUCUCCGCCUUGCGCACAAUCAUCUUAUUGGCAAUAUUCCUAAUGAGUUUGUUGAGCUCAUUGAGCUUAGAUUCCUUGAUUUAUCAUUCAACAAUCUCACUGGAGACGUGUCACCCCAACUUUCAAACUGUAGAAAACUCGAACACUUGCUACUUAGUAAUAACAAACUUACGGGCAUAAUGCCUUCCUGGUUAGGGAGAUUAGAAGAACUUGGGGAGCUAGAUUUCUCAUCCAAUAACUUUCAUGGAGAAAUACCUGCUCAGCUUGGGAAUUGCUUAAGAUUACUCAAGCUUUCUCUUCAUAGCAACAACCUCUCCAGCAAGAUCCCGCAAGAGAUAGGAAAUCUAACUUCUCUCAAUGUCCUAAAUCUGCAAAGAAAUAACCUUUCUGGCUUCAUUCCUUCGAAAAUUCAGGAGUGCAAAAAGCUCUAUGAACUGAGGCUGUCUGAGAACUUCUUGACGGGUUCUAUACCACCUGAGUUAGGAAGGCUGACGGAGUUGCAAGUAAUGUUGGAUCUCAGUAAGAACUCUCUCUCCGGUGAGAUUCCAUCUUCUCUAGGAAAUCUUGUGAAGUUAGAGACUUUGAACCUCUCUUUCAACUACCUCCAAGGAGAAGUACCUUUUUCACUUGCAAAGUUGACCAGCCUCCACAUGCUAAACCUGUCAAAUAAUGAUCUCCAGGGCCAACUUCCUUCCACCUUUUCCGGGUUUCCACUUAGUUCCUUCGUAGGUAACAACAAGCUAUGCGGCCCACCAUUACUAUCGUGCUUGGGAUCACGGGGUCGAGAGAAAAAAAGCCUUUCCAACGCUGCAGUUGUGGGUAUUGUAGUGGCCAUUGUCUGUACUUCCACAGUAAUUUGCUUGACGAUGCUUUACAUAAUGGUAAGAAUGUGGCGAAACUGGAGAAGGGUGAUGAUAUCGAGCUUGGAUGGCGGAGGAACUGAACAAACAAGAGAGGAAGAUGAAUGGGCUUAUGGAGAGGAAAAAAGAAAGAACGGUGAAUACUGGAAAGUGAACUCCAUGGCAAUGAACCUUCACUAGAUAUCCAAAUUUCUAGAAUUUGCAUUUUUCCUUUCAAAAUGGAUACAGAACCCAUAAGAAACAGACUGGCUUGAGAUCGAGUCUUUUUUUCUUCCUCCUUAUGCUUUCGCAAAGGCUGUGUUUUUGUAAAAUUCUAUCCUUCUCGCUUUCUUUUUACUGUUCCUUUGCUAUUGUAAUGAUAAUAGUAACAGUUCAAAAUUUAGAGAAUUCCAAACUCCAUGGCUAAUAUGUGCAA